AUGCAGCAUCUUUCAGAAGUUUUAUUUUUAAUAAAGAAUGCAAUUUUAGCAGUUAAAGUAACUAAUUCUACUCUAGCAGAUUUUGAUUAUAGAUUUGAAGAUUUUAAUAAUUCUAUUUAA